CAGACGCACAAUGACGAAGAGAUACUGGGGGUCUUUGAUUCAUAGAAGAAACGGGGAUAAAAGGAACAACUUGUGCUUGAAUGAGAUGGUGCAGAAAGUAGACUCAUCUGUAAGGCAACGGUGGCACCUUGACGUUGGCUGCCAACCGCAGAAUAUGACAAAUUAAAGCAGAAACUAAGUGAGUUUCGUGGAAAACUUGCUGCUACUUCAAUUACUACUCAAAUGCUAUUGUAAGAGUGCAGUGUGAAGAACAGAGAUAAUGAUGAGAUCCAGUUCUUCUAAUGCUGCUGCUGCUACACCAGAGCAUGAGACACCACAUGUUCUGAAUGAAUGUUUUGGUAAGCAAAUACAAAAAAGCCAUCCACAGUCUGUGAGAAAUCCACCCACCUAUUGUAUCAGCACUGCAGGUGUGCUGAGGUACAAUCGUGAGUCUGAUGACAACAGGACCAAAGUUUCAAAGGUUCUUUCAAAACUCCCACCUCUAGCAAAAUAUGCAGUGAAAUGUGAGCACUGUGGAGAAAAGGCCAGCCCUUCCCUCGAUCUAACUUGGCUGCAGAAGCCUAUGACAGCCCAACGCUUUUGUUGUGCUCAGCAUGAGCAGCUGUGUAAGAUGCUGGUGAAGGAGAGAGAUUUGAGUGUGGGGAGAUGUGGCCUGUCAACCAUAAAGGAGGAGGAUGAGUUUCUCGAUGACAUGCUAAUUGGACUUAGAGCACAGUCAGACGUUAGUAUCAACAGGGGGUACUCAAUCCAAGUGGCGACAGAAUCGUUCGCCCCAAGGUCAAACAUCUUCCGCUUCCGGCUCUCUUCCGCUCCAGGAAAAGGAAAUUGGACAGUGUGUUCUAGUACAGAGCCUGAGAGGUGCUUGACAACAGAACAGGAGGAGACUCAGGCUUUGGUCCCUUGUGACCACAAGCCUCUUAAGUUUGGAAUGUGUCAUCAUCAGGAUGGGUCAGAAUUUCUUCUCAAAUAUUAUUCCAGUGGCAAAAAAUUUCUUACCCUGUUCCGUGACGGCUCCUCUCAGAUCUUUUAUCCCUCAGGCCAAUUGGCUCUUCUUGUGGUCACUGAAGAAAAUGGAAGGGUCUGCAUCGUGUACGAUGACAGCAACGCCCCCAAUCAAGUGAUGAGAGCCGUGUUCCAGUCUGAUGGCAGGGCUGCAUGUUACCACAGCAAUGGAAAUAUAUGGCUGUCCUUAAACACAUCGGGGGGUGAGUGUUUAGACAAGACAGGUGCCAGAGUUCGUCGAUGGAGCUGGGACGGUCCCCUGCACCCUGUCUUCUUAUCCCUUAACAAAGCUGUUGGGGUCCGAGUCCUUGGGAGGGAACAAGUGUUUGUUUCCUUCCUGGUUCAAGGCCAACAAGCAAAGUUUCGCGUGGGCACCUGCUCUGCUCAGGGUGAAUCUGACACAGAUGGGUCUGCUUCUGGACUGUCCGUGACGAGGUGUGAGCUCAUAGCAUUGGCAGCCAGGGAAAGGACCCAGCUGGCCAUUCAGAAGUUUCAGCAAUGCCUGAUGACGCAUAUUUAGCCCCAACUGCCCGAGAUCACAUCACAAGCACAAAGGCUUCUUGAAGUUGGCGUUCAUGUGAUGAGUGACAGUGAAAAAGCCUUCCAGCGAUCCAGAAGUGUCUUCAGGGAUGUCUGUAACCCCUUUACCUACCUAGAUGACACAACAAAGCAGCAGAUUUUCUAUUUUUCUUCUCAGGUUUCCUUUUAUUAAACCACUAAAUCUUCAAGAGAUAACUGGUGAGUAGUCAUAAUAUUAUAUAUCCACUUCAAUGCACUGCCUCUUCUAAAAGUACGA